AAUCGCCCUCCCACUCUUUUAUAUUUUUUGAACACAAUUCCAUCUCCUUUGAAUCCCACACGCCAUCAGAUCCAACCCCAAUUCCAUCUCUCCGACCAUGAUCCUCUCCGGCGAUCUCGCCGCCGAUCACCUCCUCCCCUCCUCCCCUUCUUCGUGAUCUAACCUUCGAUCGCCUCUCAUGGAUUCUCAAUCAGAGUCAUCGUCUCGGAUCGAGCAGAUCAUUUCCCAGUUUCUCCUCAAGGCGCUGCACGUCGUCCUCGCCUCUAGGGUUCCCAAUCUCGGUGCCGGACGAGCUACGGAUCCCUCCCGCGCAAGCCGGCGUGAUCGGUGGUUCCAGCUCGCCAUCGGCGACCUUCCACCCGCCCUGGACUACGCCGGCUUCUGGCACCAUGGGUUCAGUGACCCUAUGGUUGUUGAUAUCUUUCUAUCCACGUUUGAAUCAUCUGAUCUCGAUCCUGAUAGCGUCAUUGAGCGCUGGAUUCUCCAGUUUCAAACCUCUUCCAACUCCUCUUCGUCUUCCUCGUUCUCUCUUUCCGGGAGAAUCUACAAGAAGACCAUCGUUCUGCUGCGAUCUCUGUAUUCGUUGCUCCGAUUCUUGCCUGCGCACAAGGUCUUCCGCACGCUCAACGCUUCUAACCAGUCCUACAACUACGAUAUCAGCUACAAGGUCUCUUCCUUCGCGGAACCCUUCUCCAGGGACGAGGAGCGAGAUUUCAAACCCUACUCGUUCACUCCCGUUGAGACCCCCUUCGGCCAGCUUUCCGUCUCCGUCAUGUACCGUACCAACCUCUCCGUAUUCAACUUUGAGGUCUCCUCCCUUAUCCCGCCGAUGAUCAUUGCUGAUUACGUCGGUAGUCCCGCUGCCGAACCUAUGCGCUCCUUCCCUUCCUCGCCGUCGGCCAGAACCAUGCGUGCCACUUCGUUCCCGUCGAGAAUCGGCGGAUCAUCAAAUUACCCUCCUUCGUUCACCCGCCCGCAUAGCUGGGCUAGCGCCCCAAUGGCGCACCACCCGUUGAGCUCGUCUCCGGUCUUGGAUUUACGAGCGUCUCCGCCUGAGGUUUACGGACACCAACGGACUGUGAGUUAUGCGCAAGUUCAGCCUCCGGCUGCUUGUCGGAAGGGAGGCUUUGGUUUAGAUGAAUUUAAGUGGUCACUGUCGUUCUCGCUGACGCCCAGUUCUUCUCCUCCGACUCAUGGUGGUAAUCCUCUGCAUUCUAGGUUGCGGUAUGUAACCGCUCCUGUUAGCAUUCCGCAGCCUGUCACAGGGAAGAGUCAUCUUCAUCGUUCACCUAAUUUCUCUGAUCCGACAAGAAAUUUCUUGCCACCACCAUCCCCGAGAAGCGUGAGAGGGGAUCCUUCGUCCCAAGAGUCGCAAUCUGAUGGUAGGUCGUCCAGAAAAUUGGAAGGGCUUAGUGUGGGCAAUCUCUAUCCUAACCUGAAUUGUUAUGCAACGCAGAAGGGGCUUAAGGAUGCAAGGGAUGACUCCGGGAGAUUCUCUGGUGUGUUCUCUUCCAGUGGCUCCCCACGCUUUGGGUUUUCAAGAAGCUCUAGCAGAUUAUCUAUUCAAGAUGAUCUUGAGGAUGGUGAUUUCUCCUGUCCUUUUGCUUUCACAGUUGAUGAUGUUGAUACAACUGAUUCACAAACUAGGGAUGGGGAUGCAAAGGAAGGAUUGCCUUCUACAACAUCAAGAAGGUUACAGGAUGCGGCCGUUGGAGAUCUGGUCCACAUGUUCAAGACAGCAGCCCCUCUACGGCAAGACCUCAGUUAUUCAUCAUCUCCAACUUCAAACCCAGAACUAAACACAGAUGUCACCCACUCUAGCUUUUUCAUUUCUCGCAAGGCAUCCGACGCAUUAGAGGAGCUCCGUGGCUACAGAAAGAUCAAAGAAAUGUUACUUACUCGGAGCAGAUCUCUAUUUCCUGAAUCAGAAAACUAGAGAUUUCUUCUUCCAGACGAAAACGUCUUAAGCGGAAGGUAGAUGCUAAUUUAAGUUGCAACAUAUUAGCCUACAACCAACCCAGGAAAUAUCCUUGCUAUGUACAUACUGUGAACUAAGGUUCAACAACUUCAUGAUCAAACAUUCUGAUCUCUGUAUAUAUAGACGGCAUUAAAACAAUUGGUACACUCUUGUUCCUUGGUUCAUUAUUUGUCAGCUCAAUUGGUCUGAAGCUGUGUGCUAAACUUUAUCGGUUUCUUGGUUUGGCAUUUAGUUUUUAUGUUGAUUCAGCUGUGGAUCUUGAGAUUUCUUUCCUGGCAUUCUUGUAAGUCCAGAUUAAGUCCACUGCCGCUGAAAUUUGCGAUCUUCAUCCAGUGUGCAAUUGUUGGAUGAGUCUAUUCGUAUUGUCGUGAGAAAAUAAUCAAAAUUAAUACAAAUAAUUACACCCUUGACACGACAAUUUAA